AUGAACACUGAACAAGUACCAGAGGAAUAUGAAUUCAAUAGUGUUGUUUUUGGAGUAAAUUCGUCUCCAUUUCAAGCUCAGUUUGUUUCUAGAAAACAUGCCGAAAUGACAAAAGAUUCAUAUCCACGAGCCGCCGAAACAGUUCUAAAAUCUACAUACAUGGACGACAGUAUGGACUCCGUAAUCAACGAUGAACAAGGCAUCGAACUUUAUAAUCAGCUAUCUCAGUUAUGGGCAAAGGCAGGGAUGUAUGCACGGAAAUGGCUAUCGAAUUCAAAGGCAGUUUUACAAUGCAUUCCAGAAGAAGAUCGCGCGUCACAAGUCGAUCUCGAUGAGGGAUAUUUACCGUCAGUGAAAACACUAGGAGUUAUAUGGCAGGCAGACAAUGACAUAUUCACGUUUAAAGCUAACCCACCGGCAGAGGAUUUUAAAUUUACUAAACGAAACAUUCUAAGCAAAGUUGCUACGUUAUUCGAUCCGUUGGGAUUUAUUGCGCCGUACACAAUAAGAGGAAAACUGCUACUACAAGAGAUGUGGACAGCAGGACUAGACUGGGACGACCAGUUAGACGAAGAACUGGUUGAAAAAUCUAGAGAGUGGUUCCGAGAACUUGAUGAACUAUGUUGUAUUGAAAUACCGAGAUGUUUGCAGUUAAACGAAGACAUUGUUUCGACGAGUUUACACACAUUUAGUGACGCUUCUCAAGAGGCUUAUGGCUCAGUAAUAUAUGCUAGAAACGAGCAUACGAGUGGAAUGAUAUCUACUAGAUUAAUAGCAGCGAAAUCGAGAGUUGCUCCUUUAACAUCAGUCAGCAUUCCAAGACUUGAGUUAAUGGCCGCAGUUUUAGGAUUAAGAUUAGCACUUUCGGUUAAAAACGCAUUAGAAGUGCUAGAGGAUAAUAUGACAUUCUGGUCAGACAGUAUGAACGUUUUGCAUUGGAUUAGAGGCAGAAGUAGAGAAUAUAAGCCAUUUGUAGCUAAUAGAAUUGGAGAAAUUCAUACGUCAUCGCAUCCUAAUCAAUGGCGACAUGUGCCAACAAAAGUUAAUCCGGCAGAUUUAGUAUCGAGAGGAAGAACCGUAAAACAGUUACAGUCGGACGUAAUUUGGUGGAAUGGACCGGAAUUCCUACAAGAUGAAGAACCGCAAUGGCCGGACACUAAUAUUCAGAUAGAAAACAUACGUGAUACCGAACUUAUAUGUCAAAAGAAAACAAGCGAUAACUUAACUAAUUGUACUACACUGAAAAGUAUUCAUACUAGUGAUUCAGAUUGGCGUCUAGAUCCCGCACGUUAUUCGAGUUUUGUAAGACUAGUUCGUGUACAAGCGUAUGUGCACAGAUUUAUUGACAAUUGCAGACUAAAGCAAAAACAACGUCGUCAAGGAAGUUUAUCUACCGUCGAGUAUGCAGAUGCCGAAUUGGAAACAAUAAAAAAUGCACAAAGAGAGGCAUUUCCAGACGAAUACAACGCUCUUAUGAAAAGUAAAGAUUUACCGAAAACAAGCAAAUUAUUAGGAUUACAACCGCGAAUUGAUGAAAAUGGGUUAAUAAGAUGCGAUGGACGUUUAGAGUUCGCCGAUUUUCUAUCAUUCGAUGCAAGAUAUCCAAUUAUAUUACCACGAAAGAAUUGGGUCACGAAGCUUAUUGUGAAACGCUAUCACGAACUUGGAAAACAUGUUAGUGGGACAAAUCAAACAUUUUCAGCAUUAUCGUCACGAUUUUGGAUUAUUUCAGGGAGAGAAGAAAUAAGAGAAUAUGAACAUGAGUGUUAUACGUGUCGUAAGAAGAAAGCUAAAGUUGCCGAGCAAGUGAUGGCUCCAUUACCGGAAAUUCGUUUCAAAACACCUUUGCAUGCUUUCGCUCGUACAGCAGUUGAUUUUGGUGGACCGUUCAUAACAGUUCAGGGCAGAGGAAAGCGCCGUCAGAAAAGAUACUUAUGUCUAUUUACAUGUUUAGCGUCACGCGCAGUGCAUUUGGAAGUAGCAUUUGGAUUAGAUACGGACUCAUUUCUUAACGCAUUUUAUCGGAUGGUGAACAGGCGAGGUCUUCCGAAAGAGAUAAUUUCAGACAAUGGAACUAAUUUUGUUGGAGCAAAUAGAGAACUGAAAGAACUAGUUGCGCUUUUAGACAAGGAUAAAAUACAUAAUUCAAUUAGUAACCAAGGAAUUAAGUGGCAUUUCAACCCACCGUUAGCUCCGCAUUUUGGUGGUAUUCACGAGACAAUGAUAAAAUCGGCAAAAAGGGCUAUUUAUGCAAUAUUAGGAAAUGCAGAUAUUAAUGAUGAGGAGCUGUUAACAGCAUUUACCGGAGCUGAAGCACUGAUAAAUUCGAGACCGCUUACGUACCAGUCUGCUGAUCCGAAAGAUGAUACACCUUUAACACCGAAUCACUUCUUGCACGGACAAUUAGGUGGCCAUUUCGCUCCAGAAACCGUUGAUAUUACUGAUUUUAACCCGAGAAAACGAUGGAGAAGAAUUCAGGAAUUAAUUAGACAUUUUUGGAAACGUUGGAUUAGAGAAUGGUUGCCAGGACUUAACAAACGCGACAAGUGGACUAAAACGAAAAGGGACAUAAAAACCGAUGAUAUUGUACUGGUGAUGAAUCCGAACGUUCAGAGAGGACAUUGGCCGCUUGGCAGAAUAAUCGAAGUUUUCCCUGGCAAAGAUGGGCAUGUUCGCGUUGCAAAAGUUUCACUUGGACAAACUGUAUUAAUGAGACCAAUUACAAAACUUUGUCCGUUAGACAUCGAAACCACCGAAAAUGACAGUGAUAAAUAA